UCUCCACAGAGUACAUUGCCAGUUCCCCCGCGCCCCGCUAGCGCGUCACACGUAUACGUCCGCGUUUCCCUUUCGUUCGCCUUCAGUUUAUUGUGGUAAAGUGUUGACGUCCCCAUUUGUUAUCAAACAACCUUCUUGAGUACACGUACCCAUACAAAUACGCGUACCGACAGGAUUUGAGUAAUUGAAAAUCUGUGUUUCAAAAUAUCAUUAUGAAAAGGAAUACACCGCAAAAUGGAGAUAUUGUUCCCAAAAAAAAAAAGAAUAAAAUAAUUAGUUUAGAAACCAAGAUACUCGUCAUAAAUGAAUAUGAAAACGGAAAGACGAUGUACGGAAUUUCUAAGGAACUCGAGCUACAUAGAAGUACGGUGAGCAAAAUUUUGGAAAAUAGGGAAAGUAUUUUAGAGGAAUACGCUAGAAUUAAAGGCAGUAAACCUAAAAAAACCUGGCUUUUAACUGAAACAGAAUCGAUUUUAAUGUUAUGGUGCUCUGACCAAGCUAGGGACAAUAUUGAGCUAACAAAAGAAAGCGUAUGUGAACAAGCCAUGGAAUUAUUUGAGUCAUUGAAAUCACAACAUAGCGAAUAUAGUGACGAAACAUUUGAUGCAAACGAUUACUGGUAUAUUGAUUUCAAACGUCGCUGUGGCUGGUACAAGGCUGCAGGGACACAGGAAACUGCAUCUAAACCUGAGUUAAAUGUUGAAAGAAUAAAACAGGCCAUAGACAAUGGGGGCUAUUCGCCACAGACUGUAUUCAAUGUUUGCUACACGUCGUUAUUUUGGAAGAAAUUGCCUGAUGCUUGUGAAAUCGCACGCGCAGAGCAAGCAUCUGAAACAGGUUUCAAAAAAUCUAAGGACCCAUUAACAAUCAUGGUUGGUGGAAAUGCAGCAGGAGAUUUCAAGUUGAAACCUCUUAUGGUGUACCGUACUGAAAACCCAAAAGCUUUACAUGGUAAGUCUAAAGGUGGGCUGCCCGUCAUUUGGAAGUCCAACCCGAGGGCGUGUAUGUUGCCUUCUCUCUUCGAGGACUGGUUUGGCAACCAUUUCAUUCCUUCGGUACAAAACUACUGCACUUCAAAUGGAAUACCAUUCAAAGUCAUGCUGAUUAUUGCCAGCGCCCCAGAACAUUUGCCUAGCACUUUGCUUGACUUUGACCAUCGCGUGAAGAUACUUUUCCUAUCUCAAGAUGAAGCAUAUUCGCAACCAAUGACGGACGUGAUCUCAAUACUGAAAGCAGAUUACACGCUCCGGUUAUUGGAGUACAUCAAAUCUACUGUGGAGCCAGCUGCCUCGGCCAGACUCUUCAUGGUAGCAGGUUUAAUGGCUUGGCAGAAGUUUAAUAUUCUACACGCAAUAAGAAUUUUCAUGGAUUCAUGGGAAGGUUUGGAUCAAGAAGACUGGAUCUCGGCCUGGGAGAAGAUAUUUCUGACAAGUAAUGGAGCUGAUGAGAGUGAUGAAUCGACCGAUAAGCACAGUCGAGUUUCACAAAUAAUUGAAAAUAUUGAGCAACUUGCACAUGAGCUUAAAUUAAAUGUCAGUGACAGAGAUAUUGAGGCGCUGUUAUAUUCUCACUCUACAGAACUCACACCAGAUGAGUUUAUAGAAUUACGAGCUCAAAGUGUAUUGGAAGAACACGAAACCUCAGAAACAUUAGGACACACAACGUCAAACAUGACUGUCGAAAAUUUGUCGGAGGCGCUCACUGGUAUUAAAAACGGGUUAAACAUAUUACAGGACAUCGAUUCAAAUGAAAGUAGAGCUAGGGAUAUUAAGAAACAAAUAUAUGAAUUACUGAAACCUUACGAAGAAACAUUAAGUUCGAAAAUAAUGGAUAAUUAAGAUGAAGAUACAAGUACCUACGCUACUUAUAGUGCGGAAAGAUCUCAACAAGGUUUCUUACCCCGAAAUCUGUUAACAUAAUAUAAUGAUUGUGAUAAUUUUAGAUUU